AUGGGUUCGUUACAACUUGGCGAUCCUGAUGUACUGGAUCUAGGCAUAGCUUCAGGUGCACUUGAUGGUGUAGAUACAGUCUGCGUAACUUAUGGUCUGUACGAAGACGGAUUUGUAGAUUUGAUCCAAAAUCGACGUUUUAAAAUGGUGUUUAUGGCAUUUCAUCAUGUUAACAAUCAUGGUAAUUUUGGUCCAAAUCAUCAGUGUUCUAAUGUUCUAAAAUGUGCUAAUUGUCAGCUGGAGCAUCACUCACUAGAUCCAAGAUGCGAUGUUAUUCGUCGUUAUCGUACGGAUUUAAAUAAAGCUGUUAAUAUGGCUAUUAGUGAAGGUAAAUUACACCGUCGGGAAAUACCACAGCAACAGUUUCAACCGACAACAUUUCGUUAUAAC